CCCGCGGGCGGAGGGGCGUGACCGGGAUGGCGGGCCGGGCCGGUGUUGGGGCUGCGCUGUGCUCCGAGCGGUUCGGCUCCCAGGCGGCCCGGGGCUGCAGCGCCGCCGCCGACGGGAGCCUGCGGUGGGAGGCCUGGGGGCGGCGCUGGUGGGGGGGCGCGGGGGGAGCUCCGGGGUCCGCCGCACCCCCUCUCCCGCGCCUGCUGAGCGUGUUCCUGCCGCAGGGCUUCCCCGACAGCGUCAGCCCGGACUACCUGCCCUACCAGCUGUGGGACUCCGUGCAGGCCUUUGCUUCCAGCCUCUCGGGCUCCCUGGCGACCCACGCAGUCCUGCUGGGCAUAGGGGUGGGAAAUGCCAGCGCCUCCGUGUCGGCCGCCACGGCCACUUGGCUGCUGAAAGAUUCAACUGGCAUGCUGGGCCGCAUCAUCUUUGCCUGGUGGAAGGGGAGCAAACUGGACUGUAAUGCCAAGCAGUGGAGGCUUUUUGCUGACAUCCUCAACGAUAUAGCCAUGUUCCUCGAGAUUAUGGCUCCCAUAUUACCAAUCUGUUUCACCAUGACCAUCUGCAUCAGCAAUCUGGCCAAGUGCAUCGUGAGCGUGGCUGGCGGGGCCACUCGGGCUGCACUGACCAUGCACCAGGCCCGGAGAAACAACAUGGCCGACGUGUCAGCCAAGGACGGCAGCCAGGAGACACUGGUAAACCUGGCAGGUCUCCUGGUCAGCCUCCUGAUGCUUCCCCUGGUGUCAGAUUGCCCUAGCUUCAGCCUUGGCUGUUUCUUCCUCCUCACUGCCCUCCACGUCUACGCCAACUACCGGGCCGUCCGAGCCCUUGUCAUAGAGACCCUGAACGAAGGCCGGCUCUCGCUGGUCCUGAAGCACUUCCUUCAGCGGGGGGAGGUGCUUGACCCCACCUCAGCCAAUCAGAUGGAGCCGCUGUGGACAGGUUUCUGGCCGUCUCUGUCUCUGUCCUUGGGGGUCCCCCUACAUCGCUUGGUUUCCAGUGUCGUUGAGCUGCAGCAACUGGCUGAGGGACACCAAGAACCUUACCUCCUUCGCUGGGACCAGUCUCAAAAUCAGGUACAGGUCGUGCUGAGCCAGGAGGCAGGCCCUGAGACCGUCCUAAGGGCCGCCACACACGGGCUGGUGCUCGGCGCCCUGCGGGAAGACGGGCCCCUCCCAAGAGAGCUGGGCGAGCUGAGGAGCCAGGUGCGGGCAGGCCCUAACACAGAGAGCUGGGUCAUCGUCAAGGAGACACACCGGGUGCUGGACGAGCUUUUCCCAGAGUUCUUGAGAGGGCUGCAGGAUGCGGGCUGGGAGACUGAGAAGCACCAGCUGGAGGUGGAUGAGUGGAGGGCCACAUGGCUCCUGUCUCCAGAAAAGAAGGUCUUGUGAGCAGCCCAGAUGGAGGCCAGACAGGGCCCGAAGCAAGAGCAUUGGCUGCAGCAGGAUGUGGGAAAGGCAGCUUUAUUUUUCACGGGGAACGGCUGUGGCAGGUUGGCCGGGGCCUCAGGAGGUAACUGCCUGCCACAUGGCUUGGGCCCCAGACAGGGACAAGGUAGAGAGAAGAGGAAUCAUGGCUUUCCUCCUGCCCUGCCUGUGGCUCAGGGUGCCCAGCACAGUCAGCCUCAGGCAUAAAAGCCCCAGAGGAAGGUGGCCACGGCCAUCAUGAGCAGGGCGUUGAGGUUGACCACACGGGCCCAGUGCGGGUCCUCACUGAUGUCCUCCAGCCGCCUGGCUGCCGCAUCCAUCUCCUCCUGGGUGGGGGGCGGGGGACUGCCUGCCCCGCCCCUGCCCAUUCCACAGAACCAGAGCAGGCACCCUCGGAGCGGGCCUGGUGCCGGGGGCGGGGGCUCUGGGAGAAAUUGAAGCCCGACAGUUAGUGUGAGGGAACUUGCCGCCCUCAGCUCUGCAGCCCCACCUCCUGGGCGGUGCCUCACCCUCCAUCUCCACCGCGUGCUCCAGACGCCCGUUCUGUACAGGGGCUGAGGCCGGACCGUCCAGCUCCUCAGCGUCCAGGUCCUCCCGCUCCUCCUUGCUGUGCCGGAGACUGAAAACCAGGCGGUGGAGCUGGGGAGAGGUGGAGCAGGGACCAAAUGGGAGUUCUGUUUCCCCGCCUCAGGCCCUGGUGUCUCCUGUCCACACUGGCACGUCCUAUCCUCCCUCCGUCCUGCGCGUACGCAGCCCAGGCUCAGUCACUCAAACAUGGCCUCUUGGCUGCCCUUGCCCCUCGGGCUAAACCAAGCUCCUCAGCUGGGUGUUUAAAGCUCUUGGCCCUCCUUCACCCAGAGGCUCCUGUCCGCUCCAAAUUGUAGUACUUAGUCUCCAGGCUCAGUCCUAGCUGUCCCUUCCUGUGGGUAUUUGCUCGGAUUUCCUCCUGUGGCCUUCCCCCUACUGCUCCGCCCGUGGAAUCCUGUCCAUCCUUCUGGCCCCAACCAGCCCUGCCCUGGGCACUUGCCCUGCAGCACAAGACCAAGCCCUGUUGUGGGCUUUCAGGAAAGUGUCCUGUCCCUCAGCCACCAUCAGCCUGUUUUGAGUCCCAAAGGCCAGGCCAAGGACUUUGGGAACUUGAAUCACUUCCCCUACAAUCUUCAAGCCAUCUCCCCCAAACCACCUCAAAUAAAUGUCAUUAAAUGAAAA